CUAGUUAAUCUCAUGUGCGCGAGGCCGAAUCCUUUUCGCUUUGUGCGUUAUAAUUUUUAUAAUAUUUUAGCCUGCGGCUAGUUUUUUUUACUACGACUUGAAUAAGAAAUGACCGCUGAAAACGAACGCGAAAUAUAUCACAAGUUAGAAGCCAUGAAGGAGAUUAGGAAUAAGACGAUCACCCUGGAGCGCCUAAAGCGGAGCAUCCUCACAGAGGUCCGCUCCGGAGAUGCCGAGGGCCGCUGCCUGGCGCAGUACAAGCGCGAGAUGGAGCUUCUGCAGCAGGAGAAGAUGAGCCACGUGGAGGAGCUACGACAGAUUCAUGCUGACAUUAAUGCGAUGGAAACAGUGAUAAAGCAGACAGAAGAAUCAAUGUCCCGGAAGUUGUCAGCGGCGUCCCGACUCCACGAGGACUAUCGACCGUUGAAGGCGGAAGUGGAUCUGCUACGGCGGCAGUGCUUAGGGCUGGAGCGACUUCCGGAGUUGCAUGAGGAGGAGGGCAGCCCCGUCACACCAGACCGGUUCCCCGCGCUGUCGGCGUCGGCGCCGCGGGCGGUGCCGUUCCUGGCGCCGGCGCCGGUGCGCAAGCCACCGCCGCCGCCGCCCGCGUUCAGGUCUGCUCUCGACCAAGAUUUCCUUACCGUCUCGCUGAGGCAACAGCCCCCGCCGAUGAAGUCCUGCUUAUCCUGCCACCAGCAGAUCCACCGAAACGCGCCAAUCUGCCCGCUCUGCAAGGCCAAGUCUCGCUCGCGUAACCCUAAGAAACCUAAGAAGAAAUAGUCGAAUGAUACGUGUCGUUAGUAUUGCCAGAUUUUGUUUAUUAUAGUCCUGAAGUGAGCCAUAAGCGGUCAAGUUUAUAUAGUCGACUCGAGAAUGAGUGCUUUUAGGGCCAGUUGCACCAACCACAGUCACAGAAUAAAUAAUACUAAGUACAGAAGACUCACUGUCUAACAAAACGCGUCUGUUACGAUCAGCACAGAUAUGGCCGCUAGGUGGCGACAGCGCCACGCGCGGCUUAUGGCAAACCCCAAAAUUGGGGCCGAACGGAUGUACUUUUAGCUACCUGUAGCAAAGCGACGAAAUCGCGGAGUUAGACACGCCUGCCACAGUUAACAGACUGAUCAACGUCACGCUUCAGAGAUCUAUGAAACUGAAUUCCCUAACAAUAAAAUUUUGCGAACGCUUUAACGGUGGGUGUUCGUAUCGUUAAAGAGUUCGCAAAAUUUUUAUAUAUGGAAAGUUUCACAGUAAAGCCCUGGGGCGCGCCGGCUGACGUUGAUCAGUCUGUUAAAUGUGGUUGGUGCAACUGACCCUUAUUGUUUUCGAAGUAUGUAUAAGAAUUUUAUGCAUUUAUUUACAGAUCGAAAUAUCCGAAAAGCACUGGGAAAAAGUCUAUUUGAUGUUUAUUUAUCGAAUGAUGUAUGUAACAUGUCAGUACAGGAUGUACUGCAUAAUUAUUUAAUUAUAUUCCAUUGUAUUUUCACGGAAACUUCUGUCAGUCUCGGUAUAAAAUAUACUGACAUCGACUGAACUAGCAUGACAAAUACGAACGUUCCCAAGAAUACGAUGGAAAACAGUUAUGCACUACAUUCUGUGUAUGUCGGCGGCCGAUCGUAAGAUCAGGCAGAUCGUAAUGUUCCUGUGUAUUGUUUUGAGGAUUAAACCAAUAUAUAGGCAAGAUAGGUUCGUUAGGUUGCUUCAAAUGCCCGAAGAAAUAGGAGCCCCACGCGGGGCUCCGUCGACUCAGGGAACGUGUCAAAGAUUUUCACGUUUCACUAUAUGCCUAGGAAUUUCACGAUAUGCCUAAUCUUACGAUCGGCCGCCGACAUAUAUACCACAUUGUUACAUCUAUUAUGACACUUUACGAUAUGUUUUAGUCUCGAAUGCUCAUUUUUUUUUCUUUGUUUAGUUUUGAACGAAAAUAAUUUUAUUCAUAUAAAACACGCACGAAUUGAAAUUACUGUUAGAAUUUUGAUUGUGUGCAAUUGCGAUGGCCUACUGUCUGUACUACUCUUGUCCGACCUUUGUCCUUAAAAAAGCAAAUGCAUACAUAUUUUAUUUAAAAAAUGCAUGCCAAGGAUCCACGAAGAGUUUAUUAUUUAAAAUAUAAAUACGCAUACAUACCCAUAGUUAUGAUAAAUUCCGUACAUGACGGGAAGAAGUUGAUAACUCGAGAUGUUCUACUGAAGAAAUUUGAACUUUAAAUUAAAUUACAUAAGGUUCAAAUUUCUUAAAUUUUUUCCCGACAGAUAUCAACUUCCCGCCGUGUACGGAAUUAUAGGUAGUAUUUUUCAACUACCUAUUUCAAUGUGUGCCAAAUAGUAGGAAAAAAGUAACAAAAUAUAUUUCGUUACAAAUUUGUAGCCGCUUGUCAGUUGGAGGACAUUAUUUGAUACAUUUUGUUAUUAAUUACUGACUUUAAAUUUGUAAACGUGAAAGUAUUUGAAGUUCUAAAUGUGAUAGGCUCACUUGCACCAUUCAACUAACCCGGGGAUAACCGGUUAAACCUGGAGUUACCAUGGUUACCAGUACAAUUUGACAGUGGGUUGACGGUUAAACCGCUUAACCCCGGGUUAGUGGGAUGGUGCAAGUGGGCCUUAUUGAUUUUACUGCUUUCACCUGCAAUAUUAUUGUCAUUAUUGAAAGUCAAAAGUAGCGUUUGUCCAGUCACCUGCAAUAGUAUGUUACUCUUCGAACGCCGCAAAAAUAUGUGACACGCUCUUAUGGCUCUACAAAUAAGAUCGUGUCAGAUAUUUUUGCGGCCUUCGUUGUGUAACAUAUUAUUGCAGGUGAAGUCCCAUCAAAAUAUAUUGAAAUUGUGCCAAACAUAUUGUUACAAAAAGUAAACAUCCUUGUUUUCAAUAACGCGUGUAGAUUUUGUAAAUAGUUUUAUAAUGUAAGUGUAGGUUAGGCUAGUAUUAAAUUGUGGAGUCUUAAGUAGUCUCUACAUAUAAAUAAACCAAUAAGCAAGGAUUGUGGCCCGAACAUUAAUUCUCCCGGGUUAACUUAAUUAAUUUCCAAUUGAGCACUUUACUGGAAUCUGAGAAAUUAUUUUCAAUAUUUUUCGGUAUCGUCUUGGGUCGUCCCAUUAGUUUUUCGUCAAGUUCUUAAACUAGUCCUAUUCUGCUUUCGUCACUCAUUCUACAUUGAAAGCCACCGACGAUUGUGACGAAUGUAGAAUGAGUGACGAAAGCAAAAUAGGACUAAUUUAAGAACUUGACGAAAAACGAACGGGACGACCCAAGACGAUACCUAUUUUUCUUACUUACGAUGUCUGUUUAGUCUAACCGCUUAUGUACAGGCUACCUGCAAUAAUAUGUUACACAACGAAGGCCGCAAAAAUAUCUCACACGAUCUUAUUUGCCUCUAGCCAUAAGAGCUCGUCACAUAUUUUUGAGGCCUUCGAAGAGUAAUAUAUUAUUGCAGGUGACUGUACCUAAGUCUAUAUAAAAGAAUGAAUAUAUAACAAUUUAAGUACAUAGUUGUGACGGGAGAAUUAUUAGGGUUACCAUAAUAUAUUAAACAGGGCGGCUAAAAAUAACUGCAUUCCCGUUGCCAGGGAGGUUUUGGGAUUAUACUGAGCAACUUUUACUAUCGGACUAAACCAGAAAAAAAAAUUUUGCCGUUCCAUACAUUUUGCCUGAUCCAUAUUCUAUGGGAGGGUACAUUUUUUCUCGUGAUUUCGAGGUUGGUCCCAUAGUAAAAGUUACUCAAUAUAAUCCUAAAACCUCCCUGGCAACGGGAAUGCAGUUAUUUUUCAGCCUCCGUGUAUAGUCCUGAUUUUUGGAUACGUAUUGAUGUUAGGAUUUUAGUCAUCGGUCAGUCGCGCUCUGAUUUACCAAUAUUCAGUACCACUCGCUCUACAACUGUAAAGUGACGCCAAACAUUGCCAUUCUUGGUUGCCGUUCGCACAUUAUUACUCGUACAAUUUAACACAUUCAUUGUCAACCAUCCAAACAAGAUAUCCGCGCCAGGCCACAACAAUUUCGCCAUAUAGCAGUAGUACCACGAUCCCGACUAUCGGGUCGUCCGGCCUGGCAACGAAAUCAUAAAAUACCCGAUAGUCGAGUUUUCGGCACUGAACGUGUGAAAUAUAGACAGCUAUUUGGCAAAGAAUCACAGCCAUGAGCCAGGAAAUGGCAAGCAAUUUUAUGAUAGCAUUUUUUUAAGGGAAAUACCUACUGCGUAUUACUCAUCGCACAAAUAGAAUUCCAUUUUAUAUUAUGUGAGGAUGUUAUGUAAACGACUAUUAUAUAGAACAAACAAAUAACAUUUUCUAGAAUCUCAGGAUAUACCUCUGGCAUUAUUAUGCAUGUUGAAAAGUUGAUGUUUUUUUGCAUUAAAAACAUGACAGUUGAGUGUAGGAAUUCUAGUCCAUUGACUACUUUGUUUUAUAAUAUAACUGUAUGUCAUAAUAACUAACGAUUUCCAGCGAACAUAGAUCCAUACAUAAUAAACUAUAACUAAACAGUAAUAUCCUACCUGCCCAGUGUCAACAGCCAUAUUACAAUUUUCGUGUAAAUAGUAGCGUACAGCGCAUUGUGUAUAGCUAUGUUUUUACAAUAAAACGUUCAUCUGUGUCGA